GUAGAUGGCAUAUAACUUUUAAUUAAUGAAUUGAUUAAUUUCAAAAAUAAAUUUGUUGUCAGCUUCUAUAUUUCAACUAACUUCAAGACGUUCAAUCUUAUGCCAACUUUUGUUUAGAAUAACAACUAAAAGAAUUUAUAACUAUUCUUUUUUUUUUUAAAAAAAAAAAAAAAAAAAGAUAGAUUAUUUACCUACUUCAAAAAAACGUACAUGCAUGUCAAUGGGCCUAAUGUGAAAAAUGUUAUACUCUCUUUAAGUCUUUAUUUAUUUAAGUGUUAUAUUUACAAAAUGUGAUCAUGUUUUUCAAUUGUUACGUUUUAAUUAUUUUUUUUUUUUUUUUUAAAAAAAAAGCCAAAAAGUUACAUUAAUAUGUUAUUUCUCUCCUUUCAUAUUCCCUACUCAAAUUCACUACAAAUUUUUUUUUUAUUAUUUUUUUCCCAACUCACAUUCAUUACUUUUCAAUAAACUAUUAACCCCACUAUCUUUCUUUAAUAAUUUUUUUUAAUACUCAAACUAACCCACUUACCUACUAUUUUAUUUACGUUAACUAAAUUGCCUAAUAGCUAACACUAUGUGCCAGUCAAGUGUUACAAGGUGUUAACUUGUAUACCAAUUUGUCGCUGAUUGCUAAUUUUAAUACCAAUGUGUUUUAAGGGUGCUAAUUUUUAUACUAACAAUCAUCAGCGUAACUUUAAAUUUAUACCAAUGUGUCACAAAGACACUAAUUUUUAAACUACCUCUGUUUCAUAUUAUUUAAAAUAAUUAAAUAUUUUCUAAUCAUAUUCUGUGUUAAGUUGUUGCAAAUAAUAUAAAAUGAAGGUAGUAUCAAUAUUGUAAAUUGAUCUACUAACUUAUAAUUGCCGUUGCAUAUGAUUUACGGCACGGAACUACGUGACCUCUGGAAUAGUCAGAUAAAAUGAGUAGAUCAAACAAAACUAGUAAUUGUCUAGAUGUGUCAAUGGACAUUGACAUGUAAUCAUGUAUUAGUGCGUGUAUGACUCAGCUAGCUUAAAAAUUCUCUAGUCUUCUUGUAUUUUCAUUUAAUUGCUAAUUUAUUUAUUUUUUUCCUUUUGGGCUGGAAAUUAGAGUCAAGUCGUCUCUCACCAGUCACGCCAUAGUCUCUGGUUUAUAUAAAGUCCCCCAAAUAGCAAAGAAUAGUUAAGAGUGUUCUUUCCAACUCUUAACUAGUCUGUAAAUCUGUAUUCUUAUACCAGAGAAGGCUUUACUUCCAUAAGUUAGCAUAAUGUCAUUCUCUACAUUUUACCUCAUCAUUUUGGCAACUGCUUUCAUGUACUGCCUUCAUUUUUCCGUUGCUGGGACAAAUGAAACAGACAGGUUAGCAUUGCUCGAUUUCAAAGCAAAAAUUACAGGUGACCCUCUUGGGGUUAUGAGCUCGUGGAAUGAUACAACCCACUUCUGUGAAUGGCAUGGUAUUACAUGUCAUCGAGGCCGGAGAGUCAAGAAGCUGAAACUAUACUCUUCCAAGCUCACAGGUUUCCUCUCUCCAUCUAUUGGAAAUUUGAGCUUCUUGAAGGUGUUGCAACUGUACAAUAAUACUUUGGGUGGUACAAUUCCUCCUGAAAUAGGCCGCUUGCAUCGACUGCGCGAUCUCCAGCUCGGUAACAAUACAAUUGAAGGCCACAUUCCACCAAAUAUAUCAGCUUGCUCAAGGCUCUUGGCCCUCGAUAUCCGCAAUAACAGGUUGGUAGGAAAGAUCCCAUCUAAAAUUAGUUACCUUGUGCAUCUACAAUAUAUUAAUCUUCAUAACAACAACUUGACAGGAACCAUCCCUUCAUCUUUCGGGAACUUUUCAUCCCUCUACUUAAUCGACCUAGAGUCCAACAACUUAAGUGGAAGCAUCCCAGAGAGCUUAGGCAAACUUAAUAAAUUAACAUAUCUCGCACUCGGUGAGAACAUGUUAUCAGGGAUAGUCCCAUCUUCAAUCUUCAACCUCACACUCUUAGUCUCUUUUGGUUUAGGAUUUAAUAAUAACUUGGAGGGAAGCCUUCCUUCAGAUUUGGGCAUCAAACUUCCAAAUCUGCAGUGGUUCUCCAUCUCCAGUAAUAAUUUCACCGGAUCAAUUCCUACUUCUAUAUCCAAUUCCUCAGGUCUAACAGUUCUUCAGUUAGAUGAUAACAAUCUUACUGGACAAGUUCCUUCUCUGCACAAAUUAGCAAAUCUCUCAAUACUUUUUCUUAGCAAUAACUCACUAGGGCAUGGCCAAGCUGGUGAUUUGAACUUUGCUUAUUCAUUGGCCAAUGCAACUGAUUUACAAGUACUAGGUAUAGGUGAUAAUAUUUUAUCAGGAAAUUUCCCUAAGAUCUUCUGUAAUUUCUCAAUGCUUUCCUCUUUAGAAAUUGAUGAUAAUUAUAUAGACGGACAGAUUCCAGCUUGCAUUGAAAACCUUGAAUACCUGACAGGAUUUGCUGCUUCCGGUAACCAACUUUCUGGAAUCAUUCCUCAAGGCAUAGGAAAGCUCCGUAAUCUCGACAGAUUAAUGUUAGAUGCUAACCAAUUCUCAGGGAAAAUACCAUCCUCAAUCGGGAACUUAACAAAGAUGACUAUUCUAAAUCUAUAUCAUAAUAAUCUUGUUGGCCAAAUUCCUUCAACUCUAGGAAGUUGUAAAAACCUACUAGGCAUGGAUCUGUCUUUCAACCGCCUCAGUGGUAGAAUACCCUCACAACUUUUUGAUAUCUCUACCUUAUCCAUUGGUCUUUAUCUAUCAUUCAACAAGUUAAGUGGGUCCCUUCCUGAAGAAGUAGGGCAACUCAAGAAUCUAGGUUUGCUUCGCGUUACAGGAAACACGUUGUCCGGUGAAAUACCAAGCACACUCAGUAGUUGUGUAGAGUUGACGAAUCUGUACAUGGAUGGAAAUUUUCUUCAAGGCGCCAUUCCUGAUGCAUUGAGCGAAUUGAAAGGUCUCAAUGAGUUGGAUUUGUCUAAAAACAAUUUAUCAGGUAAAAUUCCGCAAUUUUUGGAGAGCCUUCCAUUGCAAAUGCUGAAUCUAUCAUACAAUAGCAAGCUCGAAGGUGAAGUACCCACUGGUGGAAUUUUUAGUAAUGCAACAGGUCUUUCACUAGAUGGAAUUAGGGGAUUGUGUGGAGGUCGACCGGAGUUGAAGCUUCCUAAAUGCAACAAAAAGAACCAGAAAAAAAGCCUAGGUCACAAAAACAGAUUCAUACUUGGAAUAGUUUUCGGACUUCUUGGAAUUAUAUCGAUGGUGACAAUAUUUGUGUCACUUUAUAUCUAUUGGUAUAAAAAGAAGACUAAAUUACCCACACCCUUGGGUAAUUUUUCAGAGAACUAUCCAAAUUUGUCUUAUCAAACCCUUUUAAAAGCCACAAAUGGGUUUUCUUUUGACAAUUUGAUUGGGAGAGGCACAUUUGGGGCUGUAUACAAGGGAAUCCUUCAUGACCUUGUGGAAACAUCCAUUAUUGCAAUCAAGAUUUUCAACCUAGAGCAGCAUGGUGCUUCGAAGAGUUUUAUGGCUGAAUGUGGAGUCCUCCGGACUAUAAGACAUCGGAAUUUGAUCAAGGUCAUUACUGCUUGCUCAAGUGUUGACUAUCAAGGGAAUGACUUCAAGGCUUUGGUUUAUGAGUACAUGGUUAGAGGAAGCUUAGAAGAGUGGUUGCAUCCAGUGGCAAUUGAUGUGGUUGAGGACACAGAUACUGCACCUAGGUUAAGUCUACGACAAAGACUUGAUAUUGUAGUUGAUGUUGCUAGUGCGUUGGAGUAUCUUCAUCAUAAUUGUGGUGCACCCAUAAUUCAUUGUGAUCUCAAGCCAAGCAAUGUCCUACUAGAUGAAGAAUUGGUUGCACAUGUCAGCGACUUUGGGUUGGCUAAAUUUCUCUCGGAAAGCAUCAGUAGCUCUAUUGCAAAUCAAUCCAGCUCUCUUGGAGUCAGGGGAACUGUUGGUUACGCUCCACCAGAAUAUGGUUUGGGAAAUGAGGCGUCUACCAAUGGUGAUGUCUAUAGUUUUGGAAUUCUACUACUGGAGAUGAUCACAGGAAAAAGGCCUACUAAUGAUAUGUUCAGUGAAGGAAUAAGCCUUCAUGACUAUGUGAAAGAAGCUCUACCUGAACGAGUGAUCGAGAUUGUAGAUCACUCCCUUGUUGAAGACAUAGACUCUGAGGAGAUCGAUAGCAGGUUAAUGUUGGAGGCACUAACUUCUGUACUUGGAAUAGCAUUGUCUUGCUCAACUGAGGUCCCACAAGAAAGGUUGGAUAUGAGUGAUGUCACUGCAAAAUUAUCAUCAAUCAGAAAAAAGCUUCUUGGAACUAGAUUAGAUCAAAGGAGAAUUCGUGCAGGAACACGAUGGUGAUCAAGAUCUCUCUAAUAUUACCAGCUCAUGACCAAGCUUUCUAUGUAUCUGUGACUUCUCUUAAAAAGAAUCUUGCUCUUGUUUCUUAUUUUUUUCUUUUCCCCUUACAGUGUUCUGACUUAAGAUCUGAACAGUAGAGCAACUAUCUACUUCAGAUUACAGUCUUUGAAUCAUUUGAUGGUUUUUCUCCUUUAAGCUUUUUGUUUGUAUCACAAUAAACAAUUUUAGUUCCUUAUCUAUAUACUGUGUGAUCAGAUACAUUAUUCACUGGCAUAUCUUUCAAUACUCGUACAAAAUGUAUGUAGCUAAUUAAGC